AGAGAUUCAAAGAGAGAGUGUUGGAGAAAGAUUCAGAGAGAGAGACAGACAGACAGAAAUAGAGGGGAGAGAGGUUGGAGAGAGAGGAGGGAGGGAGACAGAGGGAGAAAGACUCAGAGAGAAAGAGAGACAGACAGAGAGAUAGAGGGAGGGAGACAAAGAGAGGAGGCAGAGAGAGACACAUAGACAAAUAGAGGGAACAGAGACAGGCACAAAAAGAGGGUGAAACUUUUGGAAAAAGGAGAGGCAGAGAAAGGGUGAGGGGGGAAGGAGAGUGGAGGAAGAAAGGAAGAGAGAGGAAUAGAGAGACUGGUGUAGAGAAGGACAGGACGAGGCUGAGAUAGUUCAGAGGGAGAGAGAAAAGGAGAGGGAGAUAUCAGCAGAUUCACAAAGCUGGGAGCAGCGGAAAAAAGGACAUAGAGGUGGAGAAAGACCAGAAGGGGCAGGGAAGACGAGCGAGAGAGAGGGAGGGUUAUAGAGAGACAGAACGUGUGUGUGAGAGAGAUAGAGAGAGAGAGCGAGAGAGAGAGUGAGAAGCAGAGAGGAAACCUUGCAUGAGAGGAGUGGUAGGGAGCUCUCUCCCUGAUUAAAACGCAAAUUCACAGCGUCCGAGGGUCUAAGGGGAAAGAAAAGAUUCCGUUUUACAUGUGCACGGAUCUCUGUUGCUGUGAGAGCGAGAGGGCUCUGGCCGUUCCCCUCGGCUGCUCCGCAGGCCUCAUCCCCUUCCACGUCCACUAGCCCCCGCCGCCAGGCAGAUGCUGGAAUCGGAAGUGGAACUGGUCCCCUCUCCAGGACCCCUGUCCCACCAGCCGGAUGGCGUCGGAGAUCCUGGUCACAUCGGUGGGGGCAGAGACGGCUACACGCCUGGGACUCGGCGCUCCUAUACACCGGACAAGCUCGUCGCCAGUGAGAGGUCCCAGCUGAUCCCCAGCCAAGGAGGAGGAGAGCCGGAGAAGCAGACAGACAACAGCCUACCUCAGACACCGCGGCCAGCGCAGGGGAAUGGGAAUGCAGAUGCCACAGUGAGGCGACCCACCUCCCUCAGCCCGCUACCCUGCCCCUCGGUGAGGCAGCAGCCCCGCUCUCCACGCAUGGUCCCCGUUCUCCCGGGAUCCCCCGGGACCAACUACAAGUCCGCUGCCUCGCAGCUCUCGAGCUCCCCGGGGGAAGACGUCUGCCUGCACUGCGUGCUUGCCUGCCUGUUCUGUGAGCUGCUCUCGUUCUGCGGGACGCUGGAGUGCGGUGGGACGGAGGGGGGGACCACCCCGGCCGGGGGCGGCGGCUGCUGCUGCGGCGGGGGGGCCGAGGGCUGCGGGGCCGCGGAGGAGGCCUGCCCGUGGGGCGGGGGCUGCGGGUUGCUGCACGAGUGCUGCGGGACCGGCGAGUGCGUGGAGAUCUGCCUGGAGUGCUGUUCCAUCUGCUUCCCCGCCUGA